CACCACGACCUCCUGCGCAACCUGCGCCCAAUACCUGCACACCUUCCCUCCAUCCUACGACGAGAAAAGCGAGAAACCCCAGAACAAAACCCAGACCGAGACCAAGGAGAGGAGUCUGGGUUGUUGCGGGAGGGUGAUAUGUGGGAGGUGUAUACAAGUAUGUACCUCUCCUAUCCCAGUGGCAAGAAAGAGGAAAGGUAAUAGAGUUAACUAACUACUUUACUUUGUUUAAAGGGAAAUGCUAGAUUUGGGAGUUAUUGUAAGUAUACAAAGAUCUGAUUGACGAGGGGAAAAGGAAAAUAAAAUGGAAGACUAAUAACCCCCCCAAGGUCCCUUCUGUCAAAUCUCCACAACACCCACCUCCCUCCCCCAAAGUCUCCGCGACCCCCCAUCAUACACAUCACCGUCUCCAUCCACCUCCCCAUCACCCUACACCCCCUCCUCCCACCAACCCACACAAGAAAAAUCCCCAACACCCCAAACANAAAGUCUCCGCGACCCCCCAUCAUACACAUCACCGUCUCCAUCCACCUCCCCAUCACCCUACACCCCCUCCUCCCACCAACCCACACAAGAAAAAUCCCCAACACCCCAAACAGAAGACACCCUCCACUUCCUUCACCACCCCCACGACACCCUCCUCUCCCUCUCGCUUUCCUACAAAGUCCCCCUCGCCGCGUUGCGAAGAACCAAUAACCUAACAUCCGACCACCUCCUCUCCGCACGACGGACGAUCUUGAUACCGGGGGAGUUCUAUAAAGGGGGUGUAUCGCUGAGUCCGCGGCCGGUGGAGGGGGAGGAGGAGGAGCGGAGGAAGGCGAGUGUGAGGAGGUGGAUGGUGGCUUGUAAGGUUUCGGAGUGAGUUUGAGUCCUACCCUCUAUUGCAUGUGAGAAGGGGUGGUUUGGGGAGUGGAGUGGGAUGUUGGGAAGAGAAGAAAGGGAAGGCUGAUGGUGAUAGGUAUGAUGUUGCGUUACUGUACUUGCAGCAAGCGGACUACGAUCUAGACGCCGCGGUUCUAGCAUAUAAAGACGACGAUAAAUGGGAAAAGGAACACCCGAUACAAGGCAGUAUAACGGCAAAAGUGAAGACGAAGUAUGAUCUGGGAAGGAGAAGAUUCACAGGUCAGAGGUCA